AUGCCUAACGAAAACAUUCUCAACGACAGUCCGGGCAAGGUCAUCUUGCUAGUGGCCGCGUUUGUUCUUCCACCAUUGCCUAUUUUCCUUUUGCAAGAUUAUAACAUCUUCACUAGAGAGUUCUUGGUGGCAGUUAUUUUGACGGUAUUGGGUCACAUUCCUGGAACAAUAUUUGCUGUAUUCUAUAUUCUCGUAGAGUACCCUAAAGUUUAUGGCAGAAGACAGGCUGCUGCAGGCUAUCUGAGUGUUCCUGGAGACGUAGAAAACCAGAUCGAAAAUGAAGAACAAACUCCUUCUGGCGAGAGAGAACCUUUCAGAGAUCAACACGAUCAAGAAGAGCAUCAACAGUUCACUGACACUGACAAUGCUGCUAACGAAACGAAUCCUCCUAGUUAUGAAGCUGUAGCUGGUAGUUCAACUGGUGAAGCUCAUACAGUUUCUGAUAUCAAACUGAACGGCGACAACAAGGUCCAACAAUAG